AUGCACAAGGUUGGUGUAUUAAAGUUUACAUUGGGUGGACAUAGUUCAACACAUAAUGAAAUAACAUUACGAGAUGUUCAAUUAUGGGAGCAGAAGAAUAACAAUCAUGAAAGCCCUUCAGAAGAUCAAAACCUCACUGAACCUGUCCAUACUUAUAAAGGGAAGUUUUUCCAGUAUGUAAGUCUGUCGAGAUUACCAAAUUGGUGCUUCCCCAUUGAUAAUUAUGGCAACAAUCAAGAUGGAAAUCAAAGUGUUACAUUUACUACGAGUUCUACCACUUUAGCUUAUUUUAAAUCUAAAUUAAAAACGUUUGAUCGUGGUAUUGUGGUUGAAAUUAGUGUCAUGGAUGAUACUCGUUUGAUUGAUCAUUUGUUUAUAAUAUUUUAUUCCUCCAAUAAAUAUAAUAAUUCGAAAAACCAUAACAUUCAUUGGUUUAUAUUGGACUUGCGAAAAAAAUCUCAAAUUGAUUCAAAAGUUUUAGAAUUGCAGAAACAAUUAAAUAAAAACAGGCCUCAACUUGAAAAAAGGUUGAUUGAAAAACCUCUCUUACACCAUAGUAAUACACUAGACCUUGGGACUUUGAUAAAGAGAAAGGCAUCAAAUGAUUCAUUGAUGGGUAAUGAUAAUAAUAAUCUUCUUAAAACAAAAUAUGAGGAUCCACUUUUGAGUCAUGGUACUUUUUCAGAUACACAAAAACUGAUUCAAAAUAAUAUUGUGAAACGUGAUAGGAGAAUCCAAUUUAAGGAAACUUUAUCUAAAUUAAUUUUAAGUGGUUUAAGAUUAAGAGGUAUUCCAAAUUCUCAGCCUGGAUUCCAAAAAUUGUUUAGGACAACUUACGAUUCAGCUGAAUUUGCUCAUCGUAAUGAUUUGAAAAAACUUGUUAGUAAUAAUAGUUCGAAAAAAACUAUGGAUGAAUAUUUAUCAUUUGAAACGUUACAAGAUACAGUUGAGACAUUACUGACAUUGUAUACUAGAUCAUAG